AUGUAUGUAGAGCUCAUGUAUGUACGGGAUACUCCAGCCCCAGAUGCUGCCUGCAGUACCAGUAAUACCUGCUACCUGCUACCUCAUACACGCUAGGUAUCUUCUAUCUGCUACAGGCUACCGUUCUCGUACAUACGCACCUUCAACUCCAUAUCACAUCCCCAACCUCACGCCCAACCUUCCUUUUUCCGCACACCAACCGUCGAUUUAUUCGCUACACACUACCCGUCCACCUGUCCAACCACAUUGCCCAAGCAACCUCGGUCGCUCUAAUUGGUGGACGAUUCUCGCUCCAGCCACCCCCCCUCACCCCAAACUGGCUAGCCCAUCAGGUCGUGCCUCCCGCGCAGUAAACAAAUCAAACACACGGCGAUACGGCUUUUAAACUGACCCCCCGGCCUCAACCUCGUCCCACCCUCCACACCUCAAACUCUUCUCUUCUUCCAUUCCUCCUCCUCAUCUGCUCCUCAUCGCAUUCCAGUCAGCCCUACGCUAUCAAAUCUCGCAUCCCCAAAGCCUCACUUUUUGUCUCAAUUGAAGAACUGAGUCAAGAAGCGUCGUCAAACGCGCUCUCUUCCUCCCUCUUCUUUCACCCAAGAAGCAAGAGACCCCUUCUUGUCUUCCUUUCGUCCCGUCGAAAGGCAUUCGAGAAGAGAAUCUCUCGCACCUCAAAGUCGGCAACCUGGACUUUGACGCCCGCGUCCCGAUCCCCUUCAGCAUCUUCCCGUCGUCGUACCGGAGCGACGCCGUUAAGACCACUGAGCAAACCCAUAUCGAGGGUAAAAUCCAGCUUCAGCACGAGGAGCAGCGCGUCGGACGGGAAGGACAACUACACCAAGAGCAGACUUCCUACUCCGCUGAACUCCCUCCUCCACGCGCCCACGAAGAGACCUACCGAACCGAAGAGGUUCACAUCACCCGUGAAGACGACGGCCACAGCCACGUAUCACGCCCAGGUCAUCACCACCACGACGACGUCAAGCUUCAACUAAGCCGGUAA